CCAUUUAUUCUAUAUCUCUGAUUAUUCUCUGUUGUUCUUCCAAAAGCUAACACUUUUGGUUAUGGAGAGAUCAGUAAUACAAUUAAUUUUCUUUGCCUCUCUUUUGGUAAUGAGUAGUACUUCUUUGGCUGUGGGAUUCAAUGUUCCUGCAAUUUUCAUAUUUGGAGAUUCCAUAUUUGAUGCCGGUAACAAUCACUACAACAACAACUGCUCAGCGCAAGCUGAUUUUCCACCUUAUGGUUCCAAUUUCUUUCACCAUCCAACUGGUAGAUUUACUAAUGGCCGCACUGUUGCCGACUUCAUUUCUGAAUUUAUUGGGAUACCUCUUCAAAAGCCAUUCCUGGAAGCACAACUUGAGUUAGUAAAUGGAAGUAGAAAAGAGUAUCCAUCAAAUGGCAUGAACUUUGCUAGUGCUGGUAGUGGAGUUUUACGAGCAACAAAUCAAGAUUUGGGAGUGACCCCAAUUCAAGAUCAACUUCAACAAUUCAAAACCUUAGUCCAGCAAAACCGUAUCAACAAGGAACUAAUCCAAGAAUCGCUCUUCUUCUUCGAGUCAGGCUCUAACGACAUUUUCAGCUACUUCUAUCCAUUUGGUGGUCCAACUCUAACCCCAGAUGCAUACGUUCAGUCCAUGUUAUCUGAAGUUACAGCUUUUAUUGAUCAAAUUUCCAAGCUCGGUGCUCGUCGAAUCGGCUUGUUUUCGUUAGGCCCCGUUGGUUGUGUCCCCGCUAGGACCCUCUUGCCUGGUGCACCAGUUAACAAAUGUUAUGGAAAGAUGAACAGAAUGGUCAAGAAUUAUAAUAUGGGAUUAGAGAAUUUGGGAAGGAGUAUACCAAUCAAUUAUCCUGGUUCUUUUGCUGUUUAUGGAGCCGUGUACAAGACUGUUCAGAUUUUCAGAGCUAAUCCUAAACGUUAUGGGUUUUCUGAUGUGACAAAUGCAUGUUGUGGCGAUGGAACACUUGGAGGAUUGCUGCAAUGUGGUAAAGAAGGUUACAAGUUAUGUGUUAAGCCCAAUGAAUACUUAUUUUGGGAUUACUUUCAUCCAUCAGAGCAUACUUAUAAACUCAUCUCCAAGGCAUUGUGGAGUGGAAGUCAUUCUCGAAUUCGACCUGUCAAUCUCAAAACACUGGCCAACAUGACCCUUAUUCAGCACUAAGGAAUUAAACUUAUGUUUUGGAACCUCAAAAUAGAGAGAGUUACAGUCCUUGUCUUUCAUUUUGUAGCUAAUCUUAU